CUGCAGGUUGAAUACAAAUUCUUUAUACCUGUUAUUCGAUUUUUAUAGUUAAACAGAAUUACAGGCCAGCUAAGUAGUUGAUAACGGGAACUUUGUUAGAAUGAACUGGUUUAAAUAAAUUUGAUGAAUGAGCGUGAAAACUGAUUGGUCCUAGGAUGCAGUGAAUGCACCGGGAACGACCAAUCGCAAGCUGCCGUCUGCCACUUUUCAGGGUUUGUCGCGUUGUCACAUAUGAGUUGCGGGAAAAGUCAGUUCGAGCACGGUUUUUAGCCGUGUAGGGUGUUGAUGACGUUUAUUUUUACGAUUCGAACAUGGAAGUAUUACGGAAAUUAGACGUGCACCCAAAGGUGCGGGAGGAGGCAGAUAUUCUUGUGCGAACUUUUAGUGGUGCCGUUGUGACAAUUGUUAGUACGAUUAUCAUGGGUAUUUUGUUUCUAUCUGAAGUGAAUUACUACCUUACACCAACCUUGAGUGAAGAACUAUUUGUAGACACUUCGAGGGGAUCGAAGUUGAGAAUUAAUUUAGAUAUAAUUGUUCCAAGAAUAUCUUGUGAUCAUUUAUCGAUAGAUGCAAUGGAUACCACAGGUGAACAGCAUUUCCAAAUAGAGCAUAAUAUAUUUAAAAGACGCUUAGAUUUAAAUGGGAAGCCUAUAGAAGACCCACAGAAAACAGAUAUUACCGAUACAAAAGCGCUUGUUCAAACAACAAUAAAGUCCGUGGAAACAAGUAGUACUGAAAAAGUGUGUGGGGAUUGUUACGGAGCUGCUAGUGAAGAUAUCAGAUGUUGUAAUACUUGUGAAGAUGUGAGAGAAGCGUAUAGAAUGAAAAAUUGGGCGCCUCCUGAUCCAGGGAGAGUGAAGCAAUGUCAGAACGAUAAAUAUAUAGGAAAAAUGAAAAAUGCCUUUACCCAAGGAUGUCAAAUCUAUGGUUAUAUGGAAGUGAACAGAGUUGGAGGAAGUUUUCACAUCGCACCGGGAGAUAGCUUCUCUGUUAAUCAUGUACAUGUGCAUAACGUUCAACCGUAUACUUCGACGCAGUUCAAUAUGACCCACAAGAUUCGCCAUUUAAGCUUCGGAUUGAACAUCCCAGGAAAAACGAAUCCUAUGGAUGAUACCACAGUAGUAGCAAUGGAAGGAGCGAUGAUGUUUUAUCAUUACAUCAAAAUUGUGCCAACAACCUACGUGCGCGCCGAUGGUUCCACGUUGUUGACGAAUCAAUUUUCCGUGACUCGGCACGCCAGGCAAGUGUCUAUGUUCACAGGCGAGUUAGGAAUGUCCGGUAUAUUCUUUAAUUACGAAUUAAGCCCGUUGAUGGUCAAGUACACGGAGAAAGCGAAAUCCUUCGGCCACUUUGCGACGAACACGUGCGCGAUCAUCGGUGGAGUGUUCACAGUCGCCGGACUGAUCGACUCCUUGUUGUAUCAUUCACUUAGGGCAAUACAGAAGAAAAUCGAACUAGGAAAAUAUAAUUGAAGUCUUGUGCGGAAAGUAUUAUAGGAUCUAAAUAUUUUUUACUACUGCUGAUGAUGACGAUUUGAAGUAGGCAUCGAAAGUAUUGCAAAAACAAUGGUCUAAUAAUGUUUUAUAUGGUAUCAGGUGCUUUUGCCUCAGCUGAUUUAACAAUUUUCUGUGAAUUAUGAAACUGUACAUAGAUAUACCGAAGAUGUAUGCAAGAAGGUCUGAUGUUAUAAUAUAAGAAGAGGAUUCUAAUAUUUAAGUAUACAAUAAAGGUCUCACUGCUAUGGAAAAAAGGCUGAAUACAGACGUUUACAACCUAA